AGCAUGCAGGCGCCACGUACAUCCCCACCCAUCGUACCGUUUCUCCUGGCCCAUGAACAUGGUCUAAUACCAUGCUACCGAUGUGCAUAUUCUCCCUCUUGAAACAUCUAAAAAAGUAACAAAAGCACCAGGGCCAACCGGAGUAGGUUGCAAUGCCGAGUUGUCGGCCCGAAGGAAAUUCAUGCCUUGUUCAUUUCCCCUGUACAUGCAGAGCUUUCAAAAUCUCAUCUGUGAUGGCCAUAAGGCUGAUUAAUUACAAAUCAAUGGGACAAAAGAAAACCUUUCAACCUGUAACUUUUACCCCUUUCUAAACAACCGCGCUCCCUUGAACAGCUGGACAAGCUAUUCAGCCCUAUUCUGCAAUUAUACCGUUGCAUCUGUACUUACUGUCAUACCGUCAUCAUCAUCAUGCCGGCCCCCUACACUACUCAUACCACUACCGAUGAACUCGUCUCUGAUUACGCCCCGUUGAUCAAAGACAAAGUCAUUCUGACCACGGGCGUCUCCUCGGGCUCCUUGGGUGGCUUCUUCGUCCAAGCCAUCGCCAAGGCCAAACCUGCGUGGCUCAUCCUAGCCGCCCGCAAUGCCGACAAGCUGGCCCAGAUGGCCGCGGAUAUUGCCACAGCCCAGCUUGAGGUCCAAGUCCGCACGCUCCAAGUUGACUUGGGUUCCCUGAAAAGCGUGCAGGAGGCCGCCGCGCAGGUCAACAACUCCUGGGAUGACAUUCCCGUGAUUGAUGUCCUGGUCAACAAUGCAGGAAUUAUGGCAGUGGACUACCAGCUCUCCCCUGAGGGGUUUGAGUCCCACCUGGCCACGAACCAUCUCGGCCCGUUCUUGUUUACCAAUCUGAUCAUGAAGAAGAUUGUGGCUGCCAAGGAGCCAAGAAUUGUGAUGGUCAGUAGCGAUGGUCAUCGGUUAAACCCAUUCCGGUUCCAUGACUAUAACUUCGAUGACGGGAAAACGUACAACCGCUGGUACGCAUAUGGUCAGAGCAAGACCGCUAAUAUGCUGUUCGCAAUUUCUCUGGCCCAGAAGCUUGGGAUCAAAUAUGAUCUCCAGGCUUUCAGCCUCCACCCAGGAGUGAUCUGGACCAACCUGGGCAAUCAUUUGGACUGGAGCGUGGAGCUUGGUGAACUGCGGAACGCGGACAAGUCCCUGGGUAACCCGGAAGGGUGGAAGGAGUUCGACGCGAAACCACUGGAAAGAGGAGCCGCAACCCACAUCUACGCGGCAUUUGAUCCAUGUCUCAAGGCCAACAACGGGGUCUACCUGAUCGACUGCCGUGUUUCCGAUCCUCUGGUGGACACGGUCAAACCAUGGGCUACCAGCAGCUUUGAAGCCGAAAGAUUGUGGCGACUAAGUGAGGACUUGGUUGGGCAGGAGUUCUCCUACUAGGGGUUAAGCUUAAGGCUCUGCUUCUAGGGUCUGACCUCUGUGGUAUUGCUCCAUUAGUUAGCCGUGAAACACUACUUGAAUCAGGUCAGGGUAGAUGGCUGGACAGAGGAGCUCUGGCGGUUUUCGAAUUUACUGCUACAAUAAUGCUCAAAUAUACACACAAUUGGUAAACCUUUGUCUUUGUGCCCCUAAAUGGACUGGCUGUCAUUUUCGCUCAAUACAAGUAAACUGAAGUUGUCUUAAUGGCGAGUCGGCGACCAUCUAAGAUCGACUCGGUUAGCUUUUGUCAUACCUGUUAUCCCCAAAUUCGCCUCAAGAGGGAUGCAUCCAAGCGGUAAUCAAUAAAUGUUGUGAUCUCAGGGGAAAGAUGGGCAGAAUGAUGCUGUAUCAGCUACACGUACGUAGCCUACUGAGGACCGGAUGCCAUUCCGAUAGA